AGUCGUCGUCAGUUCAGGCGGGCUGGAUGAAAACAGAGCAGCGUCGUGUCUCCUUCAGUUGUGUAACAUACGGAGGCAACGAAACUAAAACAAUAGUUUAGGUUUGCGUUCAAGAUAGAAACAUUUAAUCGGUUACUUUUAGGCCGCAUGUAAAUUGUCGUCAAUGUAAGCUCGCACAGCAAACACGAACUUUAGCACCUGUGUUGAUGUAGCCUAACAGCUAACCAACCUUACACUAAUGUGGUUAAAGUAAACGUCUAUGUUGGCGAUCUGAAUGGAAGUGUCUGCAGCAAUGGACCGACCAUCGAGGUUUGUGGACAGCUCUUUAAGCCCCUUUUGCCCGAUAAUGUUUACAUGUGCUGUACUACUAACAUGUUGUUUACUGUUGACUCACAGGAAAACAAAGGUUGUGAAUUACUGUGAAGCAAAGGACCUUGAUGAUGGUAAGAAGUUAAAACCUCUUGAAGUGCUAUUUGAGGAGUAUUUCUGUUCAGUGAACCUUUGUGUCGAGUUUAAGAAGUGUAGCGUAUAUGCAGUAUUUAUGCAUCAGUCAAAUCCAAUACUCGUGUGCAAACAGGUUGUUUUUGGCCAUCUCUCUCAUCUGUGAUAAACUUAAAAUUAAGUUUCACUGAAGGCUCCAACGUACAAUUUAUUAUGAUAACAUGAGAAGCAUGUUCGGUCUCUCACAGCCGCCUUUGCUGUAGCUAUAUCAGUAAGAAAAACAAUACAGAAAGCAACAUUAUAGCUAACUGUAGGAAAACACUGCAACACCACAGAUAUCAAUGUUAUGAAAUAUGAGUAGCUUGUUCAACAAAAUGAGGUAAUUACUGUACAAAAAAACAUCAACACAAAAGUGUCUGGUAUUAAAAUUAGAGGUUCUUUUCUUAAUCUGGGUGAAUAACACUUAAAAUAAGAAAACUGACUCAUUGCUGCUCAACACAACAUAAGACACUGCUCAGCUCUGCCCAGCAGAGGGCGCUUAUGUUACAUGCAGAGUACCAGUGCUAUUGUAACUCUCAUAAGAAACUGUGUUCACAUCAUAUAAAUGGGAAAUGGCGUCAAGUGGAAUAACUGUCAAUCCUGCUUUAACAAAGGUUACUUUUGUACAUAUAUUAAAUAUUCAUACCUCAUUGGACAUCUGGAGCUCUAUAGUCUGCAGCAACUUGUUGGAAAAAAAAGGAAGCAGGACCUAUCCUUCAUAUGUCUACAUACCUGUUCAUCUCUCAUAACCAGCAUGCCUUAAUUGUGUCCAUGAUCUUUCAGAUGAGGACUUUGCCUCUGCAAAAGCUCCACCAAGCAAGAGACCACGGGAGGAUGCAAAGCAGGAGCACAAGAGAUCACUGAGCAAGUCCUCCAGUCAAGGGUCCAACUCCCAAACCUCAUCUAGCCAGAGGAACAGGUAGUGUACAAUUUUAUGUGACACUGAGGACCAUGGGAAUGUAAAUAUUUGAGUAGAGUAGAUUUAUGUGUGUGUGUGUGUGUGUGUGUGUGUGUGUGUGUGUGUGUGUGUGUGUGUGUGUGUGUGUGUGUCUCCCUAAUUUAUAAACAGUAAGAUGUAAUGGUUUUAGCGUGUGACACAAGCUCACAGCAGGAACAUUAAGAACCAUGACUAGAGGAGAGCUUCACACCCCGUAAAAUCAAUAAGGAAAAGUCAACAGUUCAACUAACAUGGGUGUGUUUGAGUUUUGAGAGGCACUGCUAUCACAUCCCUCUUAUACUGUAAAUCAACCAUCAAAGCCAACUAAGAUAGUCAAAAUGAAUGAUUCAACAUCCUUAAAAUGAUAAAGUGUCUGUCACUUUUAUGUUGACGGUAUGAAAAAGCAAAUCUAUGGAAAAAAAAAUCCACACUCGUGUUUUACACAUUGUCAAACUCAGUCCACUACAAGUGCUCGGCUUUACCACUAACAGGCACAGUUUGUGAUUACAAGUCAACGCACCAUUGCCACAUCAAACCACAUGUUAGUUUGUUUUGUGGCCACCAGCUGCUCCAUUCUCCCUUUGAUAGUGGUCAAAUUAAAAAAUAUAUUCUUAUCAGUCAAACACAGGAAAUUAGGGCCCAGGCUGGAAAAUAUCCAAGUCCCCUUUGAGUCCUCAAAAGUAUAAUUAAAUAUUUGUUUUUUUUUUUAAAGGUGUCUGCUUCAAAUAAAAGCUUUUAACCAUCAUGGAUGGGGUCUCAUCAAGACUGUUUCAUUUUUACAGAAUACCACUGGAUGAGCGGUUGCAUGACAGAGAUUUAGAGGCAGCGAUAGCACUGUCCUUACUCAAUAAUUCAGAUGAAAAUAAGGACCAGCCUCCACCCGAUAAAGGUAUUUAUAGACUUUCAGAACCCAGCAACACUUUUCUAUCGUACAGAGCUGUCCACCUAAAUCUGUGAUAAAUCUUUACAGGUGAUGUCAAGGUUCAAAUUCACGUGGAUGAAAACACAGAUCCGACAUCUUUUCACUUGUCCAACUGCAGUGUGGAUGUGGGAGUUUUGGGUAAAUUUCUCUCCUGUUGUCCUUUUGUGCAAAGCUUAUUGUAUUGCUUUUGAAAAUGUAAUUAAGCACUGUUUGUUUAAUACAGAAAUAAAUAAAAAAAUCAUGUGUAAAUGUCUUCCCUCAGGCCUGGAUGAAAUCAUAUCAGAAAAAGAGUCACUCGCUCCUUCCAGACGAAAAAAAGCUCCCCCAGCAGAGCCACGGAAAAAGUCCUCCGAUGAAGAAGAUGAAUAUGAGCCCACAAUCUCACUAGGUACCCGCCCCAUUAACUCUUUGUUAAACAUGUGGAUUCUGUUUCUUCUUCUUUGUUGAUUAAGUCAGAGUAACACCUUUUUAGAUUCAGAUAGUGACGAAGAUUUCAGUGAACCAUCUGAAAGUGAGGACGAGGAGUUCAGGGUGAAGAAGACGAGCAAAGCUAAAAAGGAGAAGGUAACCAAAGAGAAAACCAAGCAGCCUCGUCCUGCUGCUAAAAAAGGAAAGCAACCUGCCAAACCAUCAAAGUCCAAACCACAGGCAGCAGGUAUGUCCUCGAAGUUCACUAGAGCAGAUGCAGCAGGUGUGUAGGUGUGAUUUAAAUACCAUGAAUCAUUAUUUCGACAACUACUUUGUUUCACAGCGACUCCCACAUCCGUGAGAAGUCCUCCAACGGUUAAAAUGGCCCCUCAAAGACCUGCCUCAGCAUUGGUGGCAAGACCCUCUGUGUCUGUGAGCCCAGCAGGGGGAAGAGUACCCAAGUGGAACCCACCAGGUGUAGUACUCAAAACUUUCAACUCCUUUCAUAGAUGCAAACUUGCAGACAAUUUAGGACAGCCUAUGUCUGUUGUCUCCUAAAGUAGUUUAUCCACACCUCGAUCAGCUAGAAAGGGCACUGCUAAAGUCAUCAUGUAAUAAAAUAUCUAAGAUGACAGGCAAAUCAGAUUCUGAGACACUGUUGAUGUUUUUUUUUUGACAAAAUGUGUCCAAUUUGUAGCCCAAAACUUGCAGAAAAUAAUCUGGAGUUUGGCUCCUGUGUCAAUAAAGCUGUAAUGAAGGUUCCUGUGUGUGUCACUGAAUUUAAUGCUCAUGUCUUUUGUCCUCCUCCGCAGGUCAAGUUGGUAAAAAUUCCAGCUCAGCCCAGAGUCCAACAGGAAGGUCUCCAGGUCAGGGUCUGCGCCUGGGAUUGUCUCGUCUGGUUCGAGUCAAACCUCUGCACCCCAGUGUUGCGAGUCACUGACCUUCCUGUGGGUACACCUGUGUUCAUUUUAAAACAAGCGUUUAUGUCCUUUUAUCACUUAUUUUCCCAAAAUGAUACUAAUAAACAUUUACCAUCACUACCUGACAUUAAAAACAGGAUGUAGUUCCAUACAAUGUCCUCUAGCUCGGUCACAAGCUUACUUUGAGAUUUCAUUUGCCCACACAAAGUAGAAAAGUCAAUAGCUGCAGGGUUUGCUGUGUUGACUCUAGUGAUUUAAAGUUUUUCUCAAACUCGUAUCAGUAGUUGCGUCUGUAAAUCCCGCUUCCUCAUUUCAUUUUUUUAAUCAAGUUUGUUACUUUUUUCCCUUUUGUUCAAGUAAAAACUGUAUAUUUUGUACAUAAAUAGACAAUAAAAUAUAAAACCAA